AGCCAUUUGGUUCAAGUCCGUCGCCCGCGGGUUUCCUGUUUGAGGCUGGCCCCACUUGCGAUGACUCGUUCCAGCCUCGUGCCACUUGCUCUGGGAGUCAUGGCCAUUGCUUUGGCAUCCACGAGCUUUGUGACGUUGCAAGUUGGCAGACCCGAGCAACUGAAGGACGUGCGAUCUGCUCGUGGCAAAGCGCAACCUUCUGGUGCAGGUGUCAGCCAAGCCAUGCCACUUGCACUGGUCAUGGGUGCCGCGGCACUGGGCGCUGGAUUGAGCAGAGCUGGCCGAAAAGUGGGCCAGACCAAAGCUUCUGCAGUGGUUUGCCAUGCCGAAUCCAAGCCUCACGUGAACAUCGGCACCAUUGGCCACGUCGACCACGGCAAGACCACUCUGUCUGCUGCCAUCUCUUUGGUCUGCGGCCAGUUUAGCACCUCUGGCGACACCAAGCAGAAGUCUUAUGAGGAGAUUGACAACGCCCCAGAGGAGCGGUCGCGUGGUAUCACCAUCAACGCCUCCCACAUUGAGUACGAGACGGAGAACAGGCACUACUGCCAUGUGGACUGCCCUGGACACGCGGACUACGUCAAGAACAUGAUCACAGGAGCAUGCCAGAUGGAUGGAGGCAUUCUCGUGAUUAGUUCCCCCGAUGGACCGAUGGCGCAGACCCGUGAGCACAUUCUCCUCUCGAAGCAGGUGGGUGUGCCCAAGCUGGUUUGCUUCAUGAACAAGGUGGACAUGAUGGACGAUGAGGAGCUGCUUGAGCUGGUGGAGCUCGAGACCCGCGAAAUGUUGAGCCAGUAUGGAUUCCCUGGCGAUGACACGCCAUUCGUUCAAGGAUCUGCUUUGCAGGCGCUGGAAGCCAUGAAGAGCAACCCCGGAACCAAGAAAGGUGAUGACAAGUGGGUGGACAAGAUCUUGGAGCUGAUGGAGACUGUGGAUGACUACAUCCCAACGCCAGAGCGUGACACUGACAAGCCCUUCCUCUUGGCCGUGGAGGAUGUGUUCUCCAUCUCUGGUCGAGGAACUGUGUGCACUGGCCGAGUUGAGCAGGGUAUCGUGAAGAAGGGCGAUGAGGUGGAGAUUUUGGGCCGCGGCAAGAAGCCUCAGAAGUCCGUGAUCACAGGCAUUCGAAUGUUCAACACCGACCUGCCUGAGGGCCCGGCUGGCUACACCGUCGGUGUGCUGUGCCGUGGUAUUGAGAAGGAUGCAGUCUUCCGAGGCCAGGUCAUUUGCGCCCCAGGUGCCACCAAGACUCACACCAAGUUCAAGGCCAACAUCUACUUUGCGAAGAAGGAUGAGGGUGGCCGCAACAACCCUGUGAUGCCAGGAUACAUGCCCGUCUUCUACUUCCGUACCUGCGAUGUGACCGGCAAGAUUGAAGCCAUGACCAGCUCUGAUGGCAACGAGGUGGCCAUGGCCAUGCCAGGUGACGAUGUGACCUGCGAAUGCGAGCUGAUCGCAUCGACGCCCAUUGAGAAGGGCAUGCGCUUCGCCAUGCGUGAGGGUGGCAAGACCAUUGGGCAGGGUCUGAUCACUGAGACCGUCUAAAAGGGCAGACGAUGGAGCUGAACGACAUGUCGAGGCGGAGGAUUGAUUCAAGCUAUAGGAAGCAAGCUGAUUCACCUUAAAAAGAGCAAGUAUAGAAUGUUGGUUGAAAUGAAGCACACCAACUCUCCAUAAUGUUUAACCGCAACUAUAUAAACCUAUCCAGUCUAGACCUCUGUGUUGCGGCGCUCAAUUCCACACAUUCCACGUGGAGGUGAAGGACAGUGUAGAGCUGUCAUGAACGAAUCAGCCACAGCCAAAGUGCCUUUGCUGGUCUGGAGACCGCGUUUUCCAGCCCACAUCAGCUUGAGGUGGAGGAUCUUUGCAGAGAAAUCUGUGC